AGGGAGGAGGCAGAAGCACUCCCUGCUGCUCACAGAGACACAGCAGCAUGAAGCUGAGCAGAGAACCCUGAGAGAACACCAAGAGAUAUUUUUAAAAGCCCAACUAGGGACAGGAGUUGAGAAUUAGCUCUAGCUGAAACUCUACAUGCAACACAUCGGAUUCAUGAACUGUAUUGAAGCUAUGUUAAUUGCAUUGUCCCUAUUAAAUAAACAAUUAAAUUUAAAAAUUAAAGAACACUGAGAGAACACCGAGAGAACACCGAGAGAACCCUGAGAGAACACCGUGUAGCUGGAACCUACUGGAACAUUUCCUCCGGAGGAUGAUGCCGUUGAACCCGGGGAGGCUGCUGAUGCUGGCAGUUCUCAUGGUGAUGCUGGUUCCAGAUGAAGCAGCUCGGGUGGUCAGCGGUCAGACGGUGUGUGUGGGCGGUCCCCAGCGUCCCUGCUACAAGAUGGCAUACUUCCAGGACGUGUCGAGCCGCGUGGCCUUCAGGGAGGCGGUCCAGGCCUGUGAGAUGGACGGGGGAUCGCUGCUGAGCAUCCAGAGUCCCACAGAGCAGAGAGACAUCGAAAACCUGCUGCAGGAGCUGCGUUCAGGUGCGGUGGGCGGAGCCUCGGGCGGCAGAGGAGGGAUCUCUGACGGAGAUUUCUGGAUCGGUCUGACUCGCGUGGAUCAAACUGAACCCGGCAACUCCUUCACUUCCUGUCCACAGCUGUACCAGUGGACCGACGGCAGCGUGGCUACCUUCAGGAACUGGUACCUGGAUGAGCCAUCCUGCGGCGGCGAGGCGUGUGUCGUGAUGUACCAUCAGCCCACCGCACUUCCUGGUCUGGGUGGGGCUUAUCUCUACCAAUGGAACGACGACCGCUGCAACAUGAAGCACAAUUUCAUCUGUAAAUACAAACCAGAGAGCCACCUGGUGAAGGAGCACAGCGACUCACCUGAAGGGAGGGACACAGUGACUGCAGGUGGGGGCGUGGUCACUCAGUCUGCAGGUGAGGAGGUUCCCUCUGAGGUCACCACAGCUGGACCUUCAGGCAUGUUGCUGCUCUACAUCGUCAUCCCGACCAUCCCGCUGCUGCUGCUCAUCCUGGUGGCUUCUGGGACUUCUUGUUUUCAGAGGAUCAGCAGAAGUGACCCCGAAACCAAGACCGCUGCCGACCAAUCAAACCUGUGGAUCUCCAGGACACCCAAAACCAACAGCAUGGAGGUCUGACAUCAGUGACAUCACAGCACAAUGCUGCACAUGGCUCGCCCAAUCACUGUCGUCAUCAUGUGGUGAUGUCAUCCGAGGCUGUCUUUGGAUUUUCAUUCAGAACUGCUGAUCAAGUGUUGAAGUUCAUGUCCUGCUCCCAUCGUUCCUUUCCUUUCUGAGGUUUAGUCUUCAGUCUCUCAUGUUUCUGCUCUCGUCAUUAUUUCACCGUUCUUCCCUUUUCCUCUUUCAUUAUUUCACCGUUCUUCCCUUUUCCUCUUCCAUUAUUUCAUCGUUCUUCCCUUUUCCUCUUCUCUUUCUUCUUUCCUUUCAAGCUGCUUUUAUUCUGCUGGCUCAAUGUGUUGAUAGACGUUCAUGAAGGAGGAGCAACUAGCGGCAAUGGGAAGAAGUGGCCAUCAGGGGGCGGAGUCAUCAUCUGGGUAGAGUCACUAUAGGGGGAGGAGUCAUUGUGGAGGUGGAGUCAUUACAGGGGGAGGAGUCAUCAUCUGGGCGGAGUCAUUACAGGGAGUUUGGUUGGUGAGUGUGGAGCAGCAGGUCUGCAGGAUGUUUUAUAGAUCAGAUCAGCUGACAAAAUGAAAACACGACACGAGUCAGAUUUCUUUGAGGUCAGUCAAAAAUCCUCAACAUCAACUUUUAACUGCUGAAAAUAACUGAUGGAUGUUAAUGAUUAAUCAAUGAAUUACCGUUAAUAAUUUAUGAUAAGAAGGUCAUGAAUGUGAGAAAAAAAACACAGAUCAGCUGUAGUUCCAGGUUGUUCCAGCAGGUGGAGCCUCUUCCUAUUUAAUCCUGUAGAGACCAGAGGAGGCGUCACUCAGACUACAGUUCAUGUUAAAGUAUUAUGGAUAGACACAAUGUUUAUUGAUGGUCCCUAAAUGCCUCACUAGCUGAUAAAUAGUUUAGACAUCAGGCAGGACAGAGCCAUGGAAGAAGUCCUUCUCUCCACCACUGUUAAACAAGUAAAGUUUGAUGAUCGUCAUUCACUCGCUUCAAUGCGACCACGUGAAACUUUUCCGUCCAUUGUGGUGGCGGUCUGGAGCAGAUCACUGGAUGUCUUCCUGUGUCUGUCUCCUCCUCCCUGCUUAUCAGUAGACAGCACCACUGUUCCCAGCACAUUUUCAUUUUGUUCUUAUGUUUGAGCUGCUGGAGGACUUUCUUAGGGAACUUACCGUCCAACUAUCCUUAGUGACCCCAGACCAGCUCCCAAGUUCAAACAUGCUGGAGGUCACCUGAAGUGACCAGAAGUGUCACUGACAGAAAAAUGUCCACUGUAUGACAUGUAGUUUUAUUGAUUGAUAACCCAAAACUUGUUGAAUAUUUGCAUCUUUGUACUAACACAGGUGAUGGGAAUGUUGUUUAUUCUGCAGAUACAAUACUACUGUAAAUAAUUAUUGUUUCCAUUAUUGAUAAAUGUGCUGAUUAUUUUCUGACUGAUGAAAAGAUUCCAGGAUUAAAAUUUGCAUCUUCAGAUGUUUUGUUUAGUUUGAUCAACAGUCUAAAACCUAGAGGAAUCAGAAAACAUGUACUGCUUGAAUCUAAUCUGUAAUAAUCACUUUGGGUUGAUUGAUUGAUGACUGCAGGUGUUUUUAUCUGCUAGUGCUGGGUUUACUGAGAGAGCUGCUGGUGCCCCCUGCAGGAUCUCUGCUCUCCUUCUCUUUUUAUCUGAGAAACUAAUAAAAAUGUUGAAUUUGUUGUUGAUCCAAAGCUUCCCAGUAGAACGUGAAUGUGCUGAUUGUGUUUUCCAUGUAUUGAUCCUGUUGUCAGAAUAUAAAGCAGAUCUCAGUGUUUAAAAUCCUGAACAUGAACCAACACUGAAAUGUGCCUUCAGAACCGUGACUGUGUUCUCAGAGCAUUCAUUAAAUGUUUACUGAAAACAGG